AACUCAUCCUUCCUUCUUUCCUUUUCUUUCUUGAGUCCCACACGUCUCUCUCUCUCUCUCUCUCUGUGAUUAAAUUCAAAUACGUCGAUGAUUCAGGUCCUCACGGGUACUGUAUGUACACAUAUAAUUCUCACCUUUUGGUGACUUUGCAGAGCGAAUUCUCGCACCCAACAUGUUUAGGAACCGCAUUACAUAUGCCACCACUCCUUCUGAUUGGUCCUCAGAGUAAAAGAGGCCAUCGAUAUUAUAAAUGUUCUGAAAGUUUGGUAAUGAACAAGCAUACGUAGAAAGUGAAGGAAAACAGAAAUUAGAUGAAGGCUCGGAUACUUGCUCUAUUAGAUGUUCUUCUGGCGUCUCCGAAGAGCACAUGUGAUGUCGUUCACUCCAAAUAUAAUAGCGUAAUGGGUAGCAUGUCCCUCCCUUAUGUCAAACUGGUUCUGCCCAUCUGAUGACAUUUGUCCUCUCUCUCUCUCUCUCUCUCUCGGUUGACCAUGUUCUCACCAUUACCUACCUAGGGCUCUUCAAAUUGGAGGCCGCAGUACAAGCACAUCGCCCCUUUUAUCUCUCCCUCUCUCUCUUUCCAAGGUUGGUGUCUCGCCAUGCUCGUGAAGGACGGAAGGGGUUCCUGAUUUGAGCAAGGAUUGCGUUCCUGCUAGGGUAAUACGUUAGGCGUUGUUAUAUUCAAGACCCGGAACGACCAUGUCAUAUGCAUACCUAUUCAAGUAUAUAAUCAUCGGAGAUACAGGUGUAGGCAAGUCAUGCCUUCUUCUGCAAUUUACGGACAAGCGAUUCCAACCAGUGCAUGACUUGACGAUUGGUGUUGAGUUUGGUGCUCGGAUGAUAACAGUUGACAACAAGCCAAUCAAGCUCCAGAUAUGGGACACGGCUGGGCAAGAAUCUUUCAGGUCAAUUACUAGAUCUUAUUAUAGGGGAGCAGCUGGUGCAUUAUUGGUCUAUGAUAUUACAAGGAGGGAGACUUUUAAUCAUCUGGCAAGUUGGUUGGAGGAUGCAAGGCAGCACGCAAAUGCCAACAUGACAAUCAUGCUAAUAGGUAAUAAAUGUGACCUUGCCCAUAGAAGAGCUGUCAGCACUGAAGAAGGUGAACAAUUUGCAAAGGAGCAUGGCUUGAUAUUUAUGGAGGCAUCAGCAAAAACUGCUCAGAAUGUAGAGGAGGCUUUCAUAAGUACAGCAGCCACCAUCUACAAAAAGAUACAGGAUGGCGUCUUUGAUGUCUCCAAUGAGUCUUAUGGAAUUAAAGUCGGAUAUGGAGCAGGAGUUCCCGCUGGUGGGAGAGAUGGCACGGUCACGCAAGGAGGAGGCUGCUGUGGUUGAGAUCGCCAGAAACAUAAUAUGGUUUCAGUUACUGAUCCUAAAAUUUUAACCUGCCUUCAGUUGAAUCAAUGGCUUCAUUCUGGUAAGAAAUGAUGUAAUAACCUUGUCGCCCGAUUGUGAAUGUAAAUUCAGGAUGAGACAGUAACUUAAAUUUAAUCCGUUAAUUGUAUUCAACGCA